GGAGUCAUGGAGGACCAGCCACCCUCAUCACAUGCUUCCAAAGAGACAAAUGAAGUACCCUUUGAACUGCAUCCCCGAGCAGAUGCCAUCCGCUCCAAGCUGAUCUACACUUUCUAUCUGAUCGACUACCUACGGGGGCUAGGCAGUGCUAUUCCACGCCAUAACAUACGAGAUUUCCUGGACCAUCGGAAGCUAAAGAAGCUAAUGCUCACAGACCAUCACCAGCUGGUGCGCUUCAAUGUUGUGCCCAAACGGAAUGUCAUGAUCACGCGAGAGACACGCUGCCGUAACCGUAUCCGCGUGCGCUGCAGCCGCUGGCCCCCUGUCGCUAUUUGGGCUUAUUCAGUCCUGAACAGCCAAAUCUUCAAAGUCUUCAUGAUCUUCCUCAUCUGCCUGAACAUGGUGGUCCUCAUGAUCUUAGUAGAGAUAAGGGAUAAGUUGGAGGACCACUUUGUGAAAAUGAAGAUAGCAAUGGAGGUGAUCAUCUGGGUCAUUGUCCUCAUCUUUUUGGUGGAAAUUGGGCUGAACUGGGCUGUUAGCUUUCAGGAUUACUUUAAGAACUCCUGGAAUGUCUUUGACUGCACAGUCACCAUCAUAUCCUUUAUCCCUGAGUUGAUACUCCUUGUUGAAAAGAAACACAGCAAGGCCGUCACAUACUUCCUCCAGGUUUGCCGUGUGCUGCGCGGCUUAAAGCUCUUCCCUAGACUCCGGCAAAUCCGGAUCCUCAUUAUGGCCCUCUUCAAAGCAAUGAAAGCCAUGAGCUUCAUCCUGGUGCUCCUCGCCUUCUUCUUCUAUAUUUUUGCCGUAUCAGGCAUUUUCUUCUUUGAGGGCUACACUCGCUCAAACCUGGACGACCUAGAGUACAACAAGUAUUUUCAAGACAUGCCCAAUUCACUGGUGACCAUCUUUAUUCUCUUCACCAUGGACCAUUGGUAUGCUCUGCUGCAGGACACGUGGAAGGUCCCAGAGAUAAACAAAGCAAUCAGUGGCUUGUUUAUCUGCUUGUGGCUCCUCAUUGGGGCAUUCAUCUUCAGAAACCUCAUGGUGGCCACCAUGGUCACCAAUUUCCAGAGCAUUCGGAAUGAAUUGAGUGAAGAAAUGAAGCAGAUUGAGACUCAGCAGAAAGCUGACAAAUUUAAGAUGGAACUGCUGGAAAAGAAGUACAGCUCACCCCAGGGGCAGGACAGAAUGAGCAUGGGGCCAUCCACAAUAUACAGCAUACCAGAAGUCGAGGCUGGGUCUCUGGAUUGGGAAACAUAUGUCCACAAGAACCUGCCAGGGCUAUACGAGGCUGAAAAUGACGAGCAGGUCAUUUGGCCCCGUGACGCCCUCUUCCGCUACUUUGAGCUGCUGGAGAAGCUGCAGUAUAACCUGGAUGAGCGCAAACAAUUGCAGAAUUAUGCCGUCUUGGCUCUGUCCAACCUGGAGGACAAGUAGUGAUGGCUUCUGAAGGAUCAAGAAGAUGCAAGUGUGGACUCCUCCUUGCUUACUGAGCCAGCACAACCAAAACCUGUGGCAAAUCAACAGUUUA